AGCCAAUUAUUUCAUUAUAUAAAAUAUGCCAAAAUGGUACGUUUUAAGCAAGAAAUGGUUUCGCCUGUUUAUAAUUUUGACACAUUAACAAUUUUUAAAGAAUGAAUAUUCAAUUCGCUAAAUCAAGGAAUGAGUAAUCUAGUUCUUGGUGUUGGUCCUGGUGUAUUUAUAGUAAUUGCUCUCUGGAUUUGUGCACUUAGUUCAGUAGUAAUUUUUGCUAGAAUAAAACGCCCUUCUUCGUUUCUUGGAAUUGGGAGUAUUGGUGUAGCGUCCAUUAUUACGAUAGUGUUGUUUCUGAUUCCAAGAGGUCAUCAAGCUUCAGGAUUCAAUCAAGGUCCCCUCGACUAUUUGUUCGUUUGGAGAUCUGCUCUUAUCAUAUUUUUGCUAAUCUCUUUUAUUGUCGCGAUUGUAUUGUAUGCUGCUGAAUAUUUACUGGUUCCAAUGUCUUCUAGAGCCUUAAGAAAAGUAGUCCAUAAAACUCACUUGUCAUAAUUGUAUUAAUUUUUGCCAAUUGUGAUAAUUAGUGAUACAUUACGAGUCAAAUAUGUCUGACAAAAUUCCAAAAGUAGGCAGCCGUGUUGAGAUCUUGGGGAAAGAUGUUAAAGGAAGAGUUGCCUAUGUGGGCAGCACUCAAUUUUCAACUGGAAAGUGGUUUGGUGUUGUUUUAGAUGAGGCGAAAGGUAAAAACAAUGGCUGUGUUCAGGGUAGAGUAUAUUUCACCUGUCAAGAUAAUCACGGAAUAUUUGUUCGUCAAACUCAACUUCAAGUUAUUGACGACGAAUCCUCUCCUCGUAGCAGAACGUCCUCGUCUCCUGCUACAGGAUCAAUGGAAAAUGUAUCUUUCUCUAAAGAUACAGAGAAGAGGAGAAAAACUUCUAACACAGGUAUUCCUAGAAUUCCACACGACAAAGGUUCGAGGGAGGUGUUAAAUGUAGAUACCCCGACACGAGCCUCUUCGUCUGGUUCGCUAAAGAGCUCUAUGAUCGAAGUAGAUGGUUCGGCUGUGUCUUCCGAUUUAUUGUCCAUCAAGGAUGCCGCUAACGUGCUCGAAUUGAAAGGUCAGCUUUUGCAGAAGGAUCAAGAAAUCGAUACCCUGAAAGGCGAAAUUAAAGACCUGAAUGAAAAGCUUGAAACAAUAAAAAUGAAACGUGCUGAAGAUCAGUCGAAAUUGAAAGAGGCGGAAAAAACGAAGUUUCAAGUACAGCAGCUGCUGGAAUACAAAGCAAAAAUAACGGAAGUUCAGGCAGACCUUCAAAAGCAAUUGACGCAGGCCAAAAAAGAAGCGAAGGAAGCGAUCGAAGAAAAGGAACAGCAUGCCGAAGAAAUGUCCGAUCUGGCUGAAGCGAUGGAGAUCGCUACUCUGGACAAAGAAAUGGCAGAAGAAAAAUGUGAAGCUCUGCAAUCUGAAUUGGAACAAACCAAAGAAAAGAUGGAAGAACUUCAGAUUGAUUAUGAUAUUAUGAAGGCAGAGAUUGAAAAAGGAGCUGAUGGAGCAGUUACAACUUAUCAAAUAAAACAAUUAGAGCAACAAAACGAGAGGUUGAAAGAGGCUCUUAUAAAACUAAGAGACCUGUCUGCUCAAGAAAAACAGGACCAGCAACGAUUGCAAAAGGAAUUCGAUCAGCAAAGAUCCGAAAUCUCUGAGCUGAGCCGAGCGAAAGAAAAACUGAGUGGUCUUGUAGAAGAUUAUGAACGACAAUUGGGUGAACUAAAAGAACAGGUUGAUGCAGCUCUUGGAUCUGAAGAGAUGAUUGAACUUUUAACAGAGCGAAAUUUAACUUUAGAGGACAGGCUUAGAGAACUUCAAGUUUUAGUAGAUGAUUUGGAGCAUUUGCAAGAUGUGAACGAUCAGCUUCAAGAAUCUGCAAAAGAAACUGAACUUGAGCUCAGAGAAGAAGUAGAUAUGGCUACUUCCAAAAUACGAGAAGGGCAGCAUAAGCUGGAAGCCAUGCAGGAAGCAAUAGCCGAUUAUGAGCAGACGAUCCAAAAGUUCCGGGAUCAAACUGAGCAGCUUCGUGAGGCAAAUAAUGAGUUGCAUUUGCAGUUACAGAAAGAAAAUGAUAAGAUUGCUUUGUCCAAGCCUGUAGAAUACUUUGAUUUCAAAGUGAAGUAUGCUGAAACCAAAGCAUUUGCCAGAGCAGUUGAAAUGGAUUUACGGAGACUAGAAGUACAGGAAGCUAACCAGCAUGUUAGCUACUUAUGUGCUUUUAUGCCAGACAACUUUUUGAGCCGGGGUUCUGAUCAUGAUGCGAUUUUGGUUCUUCUGCUUGUACCUAGAAUGAUUACGAAAUCAGAAAUUUUAGCAGCUCAAGUAAAAGAAAAAUUUCCACCUCCCGAGAAAGUUACCAAAGAUUCGAUUCUUAAAACUCACAAAAUUGACCAAUAUUCUUUCAGUAAUUGCUUGCUAUAUCAGUUGUAUUUUCUCCAAUCAUUAUUACACCAGUAUUCGAAUGCUCUGAGUCAAUGUAGUGUUGACUUGUUUAUGAAAGUUGGUACAAUAUAUAUGGAAAUGGCUGUUCAAGAAAAGACUCUCGAUUAUUAUAUUGAUUUGUUACGAAAAGAUCAGCUCGAUGAAAAUGUUAAUUUAGAGAGUUUGAUGAAGUGUGUAUUGUAUUUUUAUAAUUUGUAUAGUGUACAUCUAUCAUCAGAAUUGCCCGAUUGCAACUUAUUGGUAAGUGACCACAUGAAGCUGAUUGGAGCAGCCUGUGAUGGUAUACAUACAGAUAUUUCUAGCAUUAUUGCUUUGCUAGACAAUUCGGGCGAAAAUAGCGAAUUUGGAAAUCUUUUAAAAGAUGUAUGCACCUAUUCUAAUGAUGUACUUCAGUUUGUGAAAAAAAUACGACGGCGAUUGCCCAAUGAGGGUAGCCAAUCAGUAUUACAACUUCCUGCAGAUGUGCAGGAAAAUCUCAAUAAUUGCCGAGAAAAUAUUGGUCAGGUAUUGGUUACUGCGAGUCUACUGCGCAAAUCUACCGUGCAACAAGUUGCUAUGUCUUCUGAGUCGACUUGCGUUAAUAUUGAAAAAAUAAAAGAGCUCGCUCACGAAGCUACCGAUAAAUCUUACGGUAAAGAUGACAGCGGCCCGGAAUGUUUGCGUCAGUCAAUGACAGUGGUCAUGACCUUCAUGAAUAGCCUUUCUAGCGCGAUGCAAGAAGGUGAUUAUGAAAAUGACAAGACAAACGUUGCUAAAGCAACACCACCCAUUUAUGUUCGCGCACAGUCAAUAAAAGAAGAAGCGAGAGAUCUGGAGAAUUUGAAAUUCAAGUUGGAAGGUCGAGAAACCGAUAUUCUGGAACUCAAGAAAGCUCUCAAGAUAAAGAGUGACGAGUUGAGUGAGAUGCACGUUCGUAAAGAGAUGGCCGAAAAGAAAUUAGAAAUAGCCACCAAAGAUGGGGACGAAAGAGUGGACCGUAUUCAGAGGCAACUGGACGAGGCUAAGAUGCUUUUGAAAAAGAAAGAGAAAGAAUUUGAAGAAACUUUAGAUCACUUGCAAGCGGACAUCGAUGCUCUUGAGACAGAAAGGGGAGAACUCAAAGAUAAAAUCAAAUUAAUAUCCAAAAAGACACUGCUUGAAGGGUUAUCGAAAACUGCAAACUUAGUCGCCUCUCCGACGAGCCCAACUGUCUCCUCCUCGCCGUCUGCAUCGAUUUCACGCGACAGUUCAUUGCUGUCUCAACAGGUUCACGAUCUGCAGCUGGUCUUGAAACACCUGAAGACGGAGAAUAUAAAAUUGCAGGGUAAUUGCAUGGCGAAAGACCUGGCUAACUUGCCACCCUUAAAUGUGCCGAGUAAACCUAUCGGUCUCUCUAGUACAACGGGAUUUAAAGACAUGGUUCAUUUUGACGAGAAGUUCCCUUCUGAAAAUCUUGUAUGCUUGUCUAAAAAGUCUAAAGAACUCUUGGAGAAAGCUCAGACGUUGUCGUGCCCGCUCGUCGUGGAUAUCAGCAAAAGAAAACCCGGAAAAGACGCCCCCAUCGCAAAGAUGUCGACCGGAAACCAUCUCCUUCAAUCUACUCUUCAACUUAAGUCGCUGCAGAGCGACACGGAGAAAUUGAAGGCUGAAGUCGCCAACUUGCGUGCUUCUCAGGGCGUCGGCACUCAGGUGAGUGCUGACUUUUCUGCUUUUCCGACUCCCGAAUUUUCCAAAAGUUUCUCGGGCGACAAGGUUCUGAUGACGAGAAUUAUGAUUCCUACUAGAUGUGGUGUUGAUGAGCAGAACAACAUUUCUCUGCUUUCAAACAUGAAUGAAAUUAUGAAGCUUCACUCUCAAAUUUUGUCUUAAAAUGUGCCUCACCAACCUUUUUGCUUAUGGUUUUGUCUUGUGGAUUUAGUAGGUUUCGUCAUAUUUUCUGCCUCUUAUUAAAUUUUUGUGUGUGUGUUGUGCUAUGUAGAGGUAUUAGUAAUUCUAUUCUUCUUCAUUGUUUGUUUAUGUUUUUUUUCAUCAUCUCUUUCAUUGUUUAUUAAGCUGAGCAUGUUUUGUUCUAUGAAUAUUAGUCCAGUUUUUAGAAAUAUGCUGUAAAAAAUUAUUUAAUUUUUAUGAAAUUAUGUUCAACACAUGGCAGGGUGCGUAGCAUUUUUAAAACGUGCUUAUUUUUGAUUUAAGUUUUUAAAGGCCCUUAAAGGUGCUUUUUGUGUAUGGAGUUUAACAAGUGCUUAAAUUUCUAUCUUUUUAAAAGAGAUUUUUUCUUCGUUGUAUUGAUUGUUGCUCUAAAUUACAAAGGAUGAUUUUAAUAAUUUUCACUGCAAUAUUUAUGAGAAACUAGUUAUUUUAUCAUGAUUAUGUAAAAUUUUUGAAUUUUAUUGACUAUAUGUUUAUAAAUUAUGAACUUUAAACGAUACAAAAAAAUAA